GCGCCGACCGUCAUCAUUUGAAAUUGAACAAACGAACGCUACAAAGCAAUUCCGAGAAGAAAUUCUCUGCGAACUCUUACAAGAGCUGAAGUUAUUGAUUCAAGAGCGUUGAAAACAAGUUGAGAAAUAUGUCGCUGCUACCGUUAUUGUUUGACUACGAGUUGGAGCGUCCUCGGCGUCUUAUGGACCAGCAUUUCGGCUUGGGGCUGACUCCUGACGACCUCCUGCACGUCGCCGGUGGGCCGUUGAUGAGCAGGGAGUACUACAGGCCCUGGCGUCACCUCGCCGCCACGGCACGGGACCUCGGCUCCAGCAUCAAGUCUGACAGAGACAAGUUCCAAGUUAACCUGGACGUGCAACACUUUGCGCCUGAAGAAAUAUCUGUGAAGACAGCUGAUGGAUACAUCGUCGUUGAGGGAAAACAUGAGGAGAAGAAGGACCAGCACGGGUAUAUUGCUCGUCAGUUUACGCGACGAUACGCUUUACCGGACGGCUGUGUUCCUGAGAAUGUGGAAUCGAGGCUUUCUUCAGACGGUGUGCUGACUGUGACCGCUCCUAGGAAGGUGCCACCCUCAGUGCAAGGUGAACGCAAGGUGCCAAUCGCCCAGACCGGACCUGUGCGUAAGGAGGUGAAAGACCAGGCCAACGGUGACAAGUAAUUAGUGAUCUCGUCUUGUUUAUUUUGCCAUUCCUCUCUAUGAGUUAAGACUGAUUGUUUUUAAGUUAUCUAAUAAAUACCUGGAAGUAUUA